GUAUGCUCUUUUCCAGUAUUCCUUCUUAUCAAAGACAUAAAGGGGCUAAAUUCCUUGCCUCGUCAUCGAAAAGGGUUCUUCUGCACAUGGCCGAUGCUAAAAUCCGGCGACCGUUGGUGGAGGUGUUCUCGGUGAGCAUCAACCACAUCGACGGAGAGAACCUCUACGGCACAAUCACAGUCACCGACGCACGGGGUUCUCAAUCCAUCUACAGCCGAUCAAGAGAUCAUUACGAAUCCAUCAGCCCGGGCCAACCCGUUUUGCUGACUGGCCCAGCUCGAUCCAUCUUAGCCUACGACAGCGUCGCCAUCGACGUGGCUCUCAAGGAUAAGGACGAUGAUGUCAGCAGCAAGCAGAUAUGGUGGAACCCUUACCUCGCCACCACCGAUAAGUAUGAUGAGCCCUUAUACGACGACUUUCCUCUCAAGAAUGGUUCGGUGACGGUCAACUACGCAGUGUUGAGUAUUGCGUUUGCGGCUACUGUGGAAGUUACGUUCGUAAACAGAGGUGGGGAAGGGGAAAACUCGGCCCAUGUUUACGGACUGCUUACUGCUCGCAAUGGAAACUUGAUGACUGAAAGCGUGCUCUUCCGGAAGAAAUCAGAUGAGCACGUAGAUGUAAGGCCUGAGCAGCCCAUCCCGUUGUCGAGAUCUGUGGUGGCCGUGCCAUCGAACUCCUCCCUCAUAGUUCGGGCGGAUCUGAUGGAUCACGACGGUGAGAUUGCCAAGGGCACUGCAGAGUUUCCUGCUCAACUCUCCGGUACAUCUCAGAAGAACAUUUUCGGACAGCAUGGUGAGAUCCGAGUUAAGGUCACUUGGACACCAUGGUGAGAUCCGAGUUGAGGUGAAAUCUGCUUGGUCCAUGAUUUUGCUCCUAUUUCUGUACAUUGGUUGAAAUCUUCUUGGUCCAUAAUUUGUUUUAAACAAGUUUGGUGCUUUUGUAUUGAUGCAUUCUAUGUGUUUGUUGAAAGUCCACAUAGAAAGAUUUUGUUUGUUAAGACAAUUGUUAUGUGUAUGGUACCUUUAUUUCAUUGUUGAGAAAUGUUGAAGUUCAUCACAAAAACCAAACUGUAAUGAAGAAAUUAAUGUAGAGCUGGAUUCAAUUUCUUAUCCAAUUUGGAGAUGGAAACAAUACAGAAACAGAUUGAACAUUCA